AUGGGAGAAAAGACAAGUUGGUGGAGCAAAGUCACCGAUGCGACGUGAAAUGGCUUAAAGAAGGGGGUAGGCCAAGCUGGUAAGGCUAUAAGCUAUGUAGGAGACAGCGUUAUGAAUGCUGGAAAAUGCUACAUGUGCCUGAAACCUGCGGAAUGUGAUAUUAAUUGUGGACAUAUUUUAUGUAGGGCUUGCCUGGCAUUUUAUGUUGAGAGCCAAGGAAACACAAAAGCAGAUCAAAUUGCUUGUUUUAUUUGUGGAAAACAGAUACCAUUUGAAUUUACUCAAGAAUUUCUCAAAGAUAAUCAAGGUGCUUUAAAGGAUUUGGAAGAAGAAAAAGUGCCUGCUAGAAAAAUCCCAAAAGCACCUCCAAAGUUAGAUUUAUUCAAAAAAGAUUCAUCAGAAAAAAGUAGCAGUAUCCCUCAGCAAGCUGGCCCAAGCAGCAAGAUCCAGCCACCAUUGGGUCCAAUUAAUUCUCAAGAAAUAAAAGAGCCCAAUGGUCUUCCUCAACAAAGCGAGCAACUCAAUUCUCAAAUUCCUUCUCUUCAAGAUUUAUCUGCUAAAGAUUUGACCGAGAAAAAAAGCGAUUCCCCUAAAUCAAGCUACCCGAAAAGCACAAUUCCACCACCAUUUCGUCAAAAUAUACCUCAAAUAGGCAAAAAAGCCAGUGACUCUCUUCCAAUAUUUGAGCCAGCGAAUAAAAUUCAACCUUCAACAUCAACAUUUAAUAGUUUUCCACCAAUCAGAAACUUUAAUGAAGGGCAAAGGCCAUUAGAAGAGAGGCUUAAAGAUUCGCUGCCUUCAUUGGCAGAUUUGUCAAGCUCAGAGUCAGAAUCAAGUGAAGAGUUCAAUAUUUAA